UCGAUCGUGCGUACGUGCAGUGGUUAUUCGAGAGAGUAAUUUUUGUCGUUUUUUUCCGGAUCUAUUCAUCCCUACAAUUAAAGAUGUCUGGUCGGGACGGUGGUAAAAAAAAACCCUUGAAGGCUCCAAAAAAAGAAUCCAAAGAAUUGGAUGAUGACGACAUUGCCUUCCAGCAAAAGUUAAAAGAACAAAAAAAGGCAGAGAGCGAGCUUUCUGAUAAGCUCAAGAAGACUAAAGGUCCCCUGGCUGGAGGUGGCAUAAAAAAGUCUGGAAAAAAAUGAUCCGUGCCAUUUUGUUUAACCGUUUAUCUUGGAACAAGUAUUUUACAUCUGCCAUCAAUAUUCCCGUUUCACAUAUACAUAUUUAUGAUUAUAAAGAACGAAUGUUGUAUAAAUUAAUGAAUGAUUAUAUUAAUUUGUAAGUUAUGAAACGUACAGUAAGUUUUUUGAAAAACUAUUACUUCAAUGACAAGUUAAACACUAAGGCAGAAAUUUAUUGUGAAAGUUUGACAAUUGUUAAAAAAUUUAUAUACUCAAACAAAUUGUAUAUUGAAUAAUUACUUCAUACUACUUACAUACAAAUAAAACGAUUUUGUGACGAAAUUG